AUGCCGGGGGCCAUACAGCAGCUCGAUGGUGCUUCGCCGGCGUGCGUCCCGGAAGCGGGCUUCAACUUUUGUGAUGGCGCACCCCUGACUGGCGAUGAGCGGCUGGAGCUCUGCUACUUCCCAGCGAUCGGUGGCGACCGCUUCGUCGAAGGUCGCGGCGACAGCGACUCCGCGUCGCCUUGUGUCGAGGGCGACUUUGCUCGGGACCCGCACCUCUCCUUCCCAUUCGGCGGUCGUGCCGACCUUCGCGGGCGGGACGGCCAGUACUACUGCUUCCUCUCGGCGCCGCGCCUGGCCAUCAACAUCAAGACGGAGGACGCCACCUUCCGGCUGCACAACCUCUACGACGAGGGCGGCACGCUGGUCGUCGACGGGUCCUUCCUCACCGAGGUGCACUUUGUGGCGCGCGUCGGCGGGCGGAAGAACAAGCUCUGCCUCGCCUCGUUUUGGGCGAGCGAGUUAAACGAGUACAACACGGGCUUCAACAUGAUCACGGGGAAGUGCGGCGGCGGCGACUUCUUCCUCGGCAUCGGCACCUCCAAGCGGUGCGAGGAGAUGCUCAUCGCCGUCCGCUUCUCGAGCGCCGAGUUCACCAUCGGCGACUGGACCGCCGUCGUGCGCGGAAACUGGGUGUACGAGCGCAUCUCCGGCCCGGCCCACCGCCUCGAUAUCUCGCUGCGCGCCCGGGGCGGCGUGGCGGCACGGCACCUCCCGCAUGGGAUCAUCGGGCAAGCCUUUGCGUCGGCCGAGCCGCGCCACGGCCGCGUCGACGAGUACCCGGCUUCGGGCACCUUUCGGACGUCUGCGAUGGCGGAGGGGGCCAUCGACGGGAACGCGGCCAUGUACGAGCUCGCCGGCCCCCACGCCACCGCAUUUGCCUUCUCUCGGUUCGAGGGCGCCGAGGUGUCCGCCGUUGCGCGCGGCGCGCUGGCAGCGGACGCGGACGCCGCGUCGACGGACGGCGCGGUCGAGGCGUCGCACCUCUCGAGCCGCCGUCGGCUGUCCGAGUCGUCCGCGCCCUGCUCUCCGCCCCCGUCGCCGCCGCCGCCCUCGCCGCCGCCUCCCCUUGACUACGAGCUCGAAGAAGCGCCGCCCUCACCGCCUCCGCCAAAGGGCAGGGGGCUAGAUUGCACUUGCGAGUACCUCUGGUACAACGGCUUGUGCGACACCCCCGACAUGGAGUCGGAAUUGCUCGCCUCGUUGGGGGCGGCUUGCACCGACCUCGACGCAAAGGAGGAGGAGUGCUGCCGCAUCUCCCCUCCCUUGCCCCCGUUGCUGCCGCCGUCCCUGUCGCCGUCGCCCCCGCCGUCCGUCUCGCCGUCGCCGCCGCCUGCCCACACUGGCCCACCCCCGUGCAACCAGCUCAACAUUGCAGAGAACUUUGACCUGACUUGCGAGAUUGCUAGUGUUAUCAAGUGCGACGAUUACUACAUGCCACUCAAUGCUCCGUGCGAAUCCGAUUGCUGGUACGCCAACUGCAUUGUCUCAGAGGACGAGUGUGUCAUGGGAGGAGUCGGAAUGCUAUGGCUGCACUGA